CGGUGCGCGCGAGGGGACCCACGGCCUUCCCAUGGCUGACCUGAGCUUCAUCGAAGAUUCCGUCGCCUUCCCGGAGAAGGAGGAGGAUGAAGAGGAAGAGGAGGAGGGGGUGGAGUGGGGCUACGAGGAAGGUGUUGAGUGGGGCUUGGUGUUUCCCGAUGCUAAUGGGGAAUACCAGUCUCCCAUUAACUUAAACUCCAGAGAAGCUAGAUAUGACCCCUCGCUUCUGGACGUCCGCCUGUCCCCAAAUUAUGUGGUCUGCCGAGACUGCGAGGUCACCAAUGAUGGACAUACCAUUCAGGUUAUCCUGAAGUCAAAAUCAGUUCUAUCAGGAGGUCCAUUGCCUCAAGGGCAUGAAUUUGAACUGUAUGAAGUUAGAUUUCAUUGGGGGAGAGAAAACCAGCGCGGUUCUGAGCACACAGUUAAUUUCAAAGCUUUUCCCAUGGAGCUCCAUCUCAUCCACUGGAACUCCACCCUGUUUGCCAGUAUUGAUGAGGCCGUGGGGAAGCCGCAUGGAAUUGCCAUCAUUGCUCUGUUCGUUCAGAUAGGAAAGGAGCACGUGGGUCUGAAAGCUGUGACUGAGAUCCUUCAGGAUAUUCAGUACAAGGGGAAGUCCAAAACAAUACCCUGCUUUAAUCCCAACACUUUAUUACCAGAUCCUUUGCUGCGAGAUUAUUGGGUAUAUGAAGGCUCUCUUACCAUUCCACCUUGCAGUGAAGGCGUUACCUGGAUAUUAUUCCGAUACCCUUUAACGAUAUCCCAGCUACAGAUUGAAGAAUUUCGAAGGCUGAGGACACACGUGAAGGGGGCGGAACUUGUAGAAGGCUGCGAUGGGAUUUUGGGAGACAAUUUUAGACCCACUCAGCCACUUAGUGACAGAGUCAUUAGAGCUGCAUUUCAGUAGCCAGAGAGGACGGGAGCAAGACUCUCUUCAUCUGGGGAGGAAGACAAUGAUCCUAUAGUGCCGGUGGAUGAGAAACGGAAACUUGAGCCACACCUUCAGUUUUCCUCAAAGCCUGCAUUGUCUGUCUUCAUCUAACCCAGCUCUGAUGAACACCUGUGACAGUUGCCUGCACACGUGCUCUGAUGAAAUAUUAGAAAUGGCCGUACACUCAGAAGAAACGCAGUGUUAUGUACCCAGUCACUGCUGCUAGGAUUCAUAUUUUUGCACAUACUGUUUAUUGCUUAUGUGUAGAAGAAAUGAAACUAGUUUUCAGAGUUGUUAUUAAUAUGCAUAUAUAUCAUGUAUUAAUACCGAGACGGGAAAAAUACAUUCCCAGUGUUAGCCAUCCUUCAUUUCCUGUCUCCACGAGAAAAUUCACUCAUUCGGAGAAUAAUGCGAUUCUUGAUAAUAAAUAAGAGUUUUGAUCAGGAACAGCACAGGGCUUGAAAAUGGAAUGUGAAGGAUUAGUAAAAGUCAUAUCUCGUGUUGUUUUUCAGCCCUCAUACCACAAUUAAUGUCAGGCUGGUUAUUAUGCAAAACAAUUUGGGAGUUAAUGCAAGAACAAAAUCACUUUAUAUAUUUCUCAAAGGAUCAAAUUGAAUGUAUGAAUCUAAUUGUAUUUAUUUGACAUAUUGGAAGCUCUCGUUUCUAGGAGUUUGAGAAAGGCAUAAAAAUAGGAUAAAAAUUAAGUGGGUACAGCAUACCAGGAAUAGCUUUAUUUUCCAUGAUAGAAGCGUAAAUUUAAUAGUAUUCUAUAGUAAUUUCGUGUUGUACAUUUUGUAAGACCUUAAAAUAUUUUAUUCUGUGGACUUUAGUAUAUUGAGCCGUUGCUUUCCAAGGUGAUCAAUAAUAUCUUUAAUUAACUUUAAGUGCUACUGGUAAAUGUAAGCAUAUGCUUAGAUGCAGUUAGAUGUGACAGAAUGAGAUAAUUUGUGUAAAGCAGUAGAGUGCCUGGCACAAAGCAGUACUUAAUAAAUGUUAUCUGUUGUUA